AGUUUAUUUAUUGCAUCUGAAACCUAAACCACAUUGAAACUGACAUUGUUUCAUGAAUUCCUGAAGCAACGCAAAACAUUACUUUUCUGAUUUAACUUUUAAGAGAGACACACAUUUUAAUCUAAUUAAUUUGUCUUCAGUUGUAUUGUGUGGUUUACAUUGUGUAUACUGUUGAAGUUAUAUAUCUAACCAAACAUAUAAUAUGAGAUAUGAUGCGAAAUGUAGGCAACGUCUGUUUGACAGGAAACCACAUGCAGCAAGCGACGAGGGUUACAUCGCACUCUCUUCCUUUCCGAGAAGAGCUUAUCGGUGGCAGUAAUGUUUGUCUUGAUAGAACUCGUACAAUAGAAACUAUUGCUUUCUCUAUUUGAGAAGAUGGAACAAAGUUUUGCUGAUCUACUAAGUGAUGCUUUUUCCGAAACAGCUCUUCCGCCAUUUCCUGAUGAAGAUUUGGACUUUGAGAAUUUAAAUUUUGAGGAGAGAUUUGAGGCAGACAAGAGAGACGUCUCUCAAGACAACUUCCUCACAGAGGGAGACGGAGCUCGGCAACAGGAAGCAACAGGUCAGACUGCAGUGCCGUCUGACAUGGAAACUAAAAAUGUAAACAUGGCUGAAAACAGCGAAGAGGAUGAUGUUGGAGGCGCGGUGGUCGUGGGCAGGGACAGAACGCUGCAGGAAGAUUACACCAGCUCAGAUGGAGAGAUGGAAGAGGUUGACUCUGAAGAGGAUGAAGAAGAACAUGUGGCGCCAGGAGAGACACCAGGGGGUUUGUUGAGGUGGCUUAGUUGUAGCGACGAGUUUUGCGAUGGUGACAGAGAGGACAGGUUCUUGAUUGAGGGGCAUCCGCUGACCCCCGAGGGGGCUGGAGACCCUGAAGUUAGAAUGGAGGAGGCCGAUGAGGAGGUGUCCUAUUUUGAGAAAGUCCCUAAACGUGGCAACGAGGUGAUGAUAAGAAGUGACGAGAUUAAAAAGGAUGCGCAAGACAGGGAAAGGAAAGAGGACGCGUGUGAUUACAAGCAAGAGGGCAUGACCGUCGAACAAGAAGAAGCUGUUCUCCCUCCGUGCUGUGAGAACAGGCUUGAAGGUCCUGGUGGAGAUGGACCAGUGAGGGAGUUUCCAGAAAUAUCGGUGCAAAAUCUGCAGGAUCUUAUUGCUGAAGUUGAUAGUGAGAAACUUGGAGAGAAAAUGAAUAUUUUCUCAGGGGAGGAGCACCAAGAUGCAGGUGAGAGCUUUGCAGAUUAUCCCUCAGACUUUUCCUCAUGUGAAUAUGUAGAAGAGGGAGGUAAAAACCAAGAUAUGAAGCGCCAGUCAGAAGCAUUGGCUUGUGCAUCCGGCAGCAGUUCAAUUGUUCAGCAGAACACCUUCCUGGAAGAAUCAGAUGGGAUGCAGAUGGGAGGAGCGGAGGACUCUGAUGAGGAGGGGGACAGGAACCGGCACAGCAGAUAUUUAGAACAGGAAGCCAAUGAGCUCAGCAGCGUGGACGUGGCUAAUGGAGAGAAACGCAUGGUGGAGAACGUGUCUGGCAACGCAUUUGCAACGGGGCUUGAUGAUGGCAGUGCGACAAGUGACAGUGAAUCCUUCACCUCCAGUGACGAUGAGGUGCAAGAAAAAAGGAGCGACGAAGAACUCUUUGGUAGUACGCAUCUACAAGAUCAACUGGAGGAGACUCGCGGUGGCAGCAGAGCAUCAUUUUCUGAUUGCUACGACAGAAUGGAUCCGGCAGAUUUCAACAAUCACUUUAACCCAGAGCUGUUAACAGCUGACCCUCUUUUGUCUGAAGACAUGUUAACCACAGAGGACGCAGACACGCCGCUUUCAGACGCGACUCUGCGUCCUGCAGAAGACGCCAACAGCUACUCGGUGGUACAGGAAGGGGAUGCAAAAACAAGCAAGUCCUCUCACCAGGGAUCGCUGGACGAUAACUUCGUCUUCAACACGGAACCUGAAGCUUGUGGAAGCUUCGCUGAGACAGGACAGCUGGGAGACGACGAGUGCGAAGAGGAGAGCGACUGGCAACAAGAGCAGCAGAGAAUCAAGUCGUUCUACGAGUUUUAUGAUGACAGCGAUGUAGAGAAUGAAAGAGGGGGAAGACUGGUAAAAGUUCAGUUUUGUGCAGAUCCAUUAUCGCAAGUCAUUCACUAUGAAACUGACAGCAGUGACAGAGCUUCACUCAGCAGCUCCAUAGAUGGGGAGGAGGACCUGAACUCUGCAGACACGUCUGAGUGCUCCAACAUGCUGAAGCCGACACUGAAGAUUGGUCUCGCGAUACUGACUGGACUGCUCAUGUUCUGGUUUGUCACAGACCGAGUGGGCUGCUUUGACCAUGUGUUUUUCUUUUAAGGUUAAAAACCUUAAACCUAAUUUGGGGGUCAUAGAAAUAUGUUUAUCUGCUUACGGCUGAUCAACGAAAGAUCCAAAAUGAUGUAAUGUCUUAAAUACGUGCUGAACUUUGAAAUGACGGUUUUCUUGUGUAUGUUACUAAAUAUGUUUUUAAUAAAGAUAUAUAUUUUUCUUUACAAUGAUGCUGAUGUUUUGUGGACUGUAGAUAAGUCAUAUUCUACCUUUAUUUGGAUGUAACAUUUUGAUUAUAUGAGUGCUAAAUGGGCCUUAAUCUGACAUAACUUACAUUUACCAAAGUACUUUACAGGGUUGAGAUACUUCUCCUUCUAUUAGAGGAGCUGUGUAACUCUUGACAUGUUAUGCCCUUUGCAAGGACAGAUAUAUUUACUUGCUUUGCAUAUACAAGUUUUUACAUACGAAAUUGAAAAAUAAAGAUACACUGCUUCCAUUUA